AGCAUCCCAGAGACCCUCCUCCCAGCUCAGAGGAGCCAGAAGAGGCUCCACAGUGCCGAGCAGCAGGUGCUGGAGGAGGCAGCCUGAGCCACUCUCCAGAGGACCCUGGGAGUGGGGUGUAGCCGUGUUGGAAACUUCUUCAUUGCGAAAUCACAGUCACUGAGGAGAGUCUGAACUCUGACACAAAGCAAGGUGCUAAUUAAACACUGCAACACUUCUGCUCCAGCAUGGAAAAGCAAGUGCUGUACAAGUGAAACAGCAGCCACCCCUCAAGCUCUCCAAGGGCUGGGAAUAGCUGACGAGGCACAAAGCUGCUUCUUCGCCCUCCUUGUUCCUGCCAGCCCCAAGAAGGACUCUUGCUGCAAACAGCUGAACUGGAGCCACUUCCCCAGCAGAGAAAUGCCAAAGCUCACCAGGAUGCUCUCAGAGAGAGGAGUUCCUUGACUUAUGUAGGGAGUUAGAAUUCUCUUGUUUGCUUUGUUCAUGGAGACUUGUGUGUCUUUCAAUCUUUCCUUCCCUCCCCCAUCACUGUUGAAGUCUCAGCUGUGUAAUGGUGGGGAACAGGAGAGAGAAGGUAGAUGGGUCCAUGCUGCCCCUCAACCCACUCUUUGGAAAUAACCCACUUCUAAUGAGAGAGAAGCUGCUUCUCACUGGGAAAAAGCAAAACCUCUCUCCCUUCUGGGUUAGUGAGGCUUUCAAUGACAGCUGAGGGUAGUCUGUGACCAGCAGGCAUGGGAAACAGCUCUCUCUGGGAUCAUCUGAACAGCAGCUGCAGCAAUGCAGGCAACAGCUGCUACCUGGACAACAGCAUGAGGUUCAACUUGACCUUCCAAGAGCAAGCAGCAGAUUUCUACGUUGUCCUCCCAGUGAUUUACUCUGUCAUCUGUGCUGUUGGGCUCACAGGCAACACUGCUGUCAUCUAUGUGAUCCUCAAGGCUCCCAAGAUGAAGACUGUGACCAACAUGUUCAUCCUGAACCUCGCCAUAGCUGACGACUUGUUCACUCUUGUCUUGCCCAUUAAUAUUGCUGAACACCUCCUCCACUACUGGCCCUUUGGGGAAGUUCUCUGCAAGGUCAUCUUGUCCAUAGACCACUACAAUAUCUUCUCCAGCAUUUAUUUCCUGACAGUGAUGAGCAUAGACAGGUACCUGGUGGUACUGGCCACGGUCAGGUCCAAGAGGAUGCCACACCGUACAUACCGAGCAGCCAGGAUCGUCAGCUUGUGCAUCUGGAUCCUCGUCACCAUCAUAGUUCUCCCUUUCAUCAUCUUUGCCAAUGUCUACAUAGAUGACCUGGAGAUCAAGAGUUGUGGGCUCAAUUUCCCCAAGCCUGAAAGGUUUUGGUUCAAAGCCAGCAGGAUCUAUACUCUCAUCCUUGGCUUUGCCAUCCCCGUGUCCACCAUCUGCAUCCUCUACGCCAUCAUGCUUUACAAGCUGAGGAACAUGCACUUGAACUCUAAUGCUAAAGCCUUGGACAAAGCCAAGAAGAAAGUCACCAUUAUGGUCUUCAUAGUCCUGGCUGUGUGUCUCUUCUGUUGGACCCCUUUCCACUUGGCCACCAUUGUGGCUUUGACCACUGACUUACCCCAGACCCCCAUGGUCAUUGGCAUCUCCUACUUCAUCACCAGCCUCAGCUAUGCCAACUCCUGCCUGAACCCCUUCCUGUAUGCCUUCCUGGAUGACAGCUUCAGGAAGAGCUUCAGGAAGAUGCUGGAAUGCAGAACAUCCUGAGCAGAGGCUUGGGGCUCACAGAACCCUUCCUUCCCAAGGCUUUGCAGGGGCAACUUUGCAGACUGAAGGGGUGACUAACGCCUGCACAAUGUUCUUUCCUUUCCAUGUAGUGUAUGUGUCUGCUUUUCAUCAUUCACAUGUUUUGUUGUGCUUACCUGCAGCUCUCCCUGCUCCUCUGCUCCUUGUCCAAGUUGCAUUUCUGUAGUCUUAUUUUCAACUACACAUUGAAGCAUUAAGGGUAGCAAACUUCCUCCUCAGAGGGCUGUUUCUCCCACAGAGUGGUCCUUUAUUGCCACCUGCUGUACAGCACAGACAAGCCUGAGACCAGCUCUCAGCCUAAGGUGAUGCUCAGCUCUGAAUUGCUGUUCUUUGGAGGAUUGGUUCAUGGAGCAGAGCUAAGGAGCACUUUCCAUGAGUGUCAAUAAAACAGAGGAUACAAAAUGAGUGUUUGGAAGAGAAAACAAACCCUUUUCACCUCCAUGUAUGUGCAGAUGUGUGUUAAAGCUUUGUUCUUGAUUUGGAGGGACAUCUAUUUUCCACCCCCACUCUCCCUUUUUUCCUGAGCUGUUAAAACGAGUGAAAUUUAAACCAAAAGCAACAUUUCAGCCUCCAAUACAGUGUUAAACAACACAGCAUACAAACACUACAGCAACUGUGUGAGUUUGUGGUAGGAAUUCUUAACUAGUUGAUUUUCUUCACUAAUUGUUCCUGUUCAGUGUCAAACAUAUUUGAGAGUGCUUAACAAAAUAAACCU